AUGUCGACCAGCAACUUGAGCAACGUUUCAUCAAGCGAAAAGGAUCUGGAUUGUGGACCAUUGUAUGAGCCAUAUGUGUUGAAAGUAAGUUUGAUAGUUGUCUACUUUAUGGUCUUGUUGGUUGGCUUGACUGGAAACGCCCUUAUAAUAACCUUGGUGUACAAGCGGAAAGACUUACGAAAGACUGUAAAUCAGCUUAUCGCCAACAUGGCAUUUUCUGACUUUGUCUUUCAGUUAACAUUCAUUCCACUUGAGUCAGCAAAAGCAGCGUAUGGUCAAUGGCCGAUCGCUGAACCGGCCGGAUCAAUCGUCUGCAAGAUCCAGAGUUUUGUUAUUUAUGCUUCUGUCUAUGUUUCUCUACAAAGCCUAACUUGGAUUGCAUUAGACCGGUUUAUAGCGGUAGUCUUUCCAAUGAAAGUCCAUCUGAUUUCCUCCAGAUUUCGCGUUUUGGCCAUUGCUUCCACAUGGAUCGUUGCCCUUUUGUGCGGCUCUGCUUCUUCUAUUGAUUCUAAAGUCGUGCACAAAAAUGGUGCGCUUGACUGCACAGAGGAAACAACUUCUCAAUAUGCUGGAGCCGCCUGUUCCUUUGCUUCGUUGAUAUCCAUAACAAUUUUAUACUGUAUUAUAGCGGUAACUCUGCGAAGGAAAAAUAAAGCGCUUCCCACUUCAGCUGUGAAUGGAAACGUUCAGAGAAAACGGCAAGCCAUGAAAAUGUCCAUUUGCGUCGUGGCAGCCUUUUAUUUAUGUUUUAUCCCUCUCAUUAUUAUUGUCUUGUCAGAAAGAGUACUGGAAAGAUCAUGUUUGUUACUCAGAGUACUAUGGCCAUUUACUGGCCUGACGAUCAACCUUUCAAGCUCAGCAAAUCCAAUAAUCUGUUUCAUCUUUGUCGAAAACUACCGGCGUGGCCUGAGAAAAUUUUUUGGUUCGUUUCUGAUGAAAUGCUCGAAGAGAAGACAAACCAUUGACAAUGGUCCAAAAGGAAUAACUCUUCAGAGUUUAAGGGUCCUACAAAACUCUUAUAGUAAUUAAUUUCACAUUUAUUGCCAACAAGGCAUCCGAGCCAAGACGCUCGGAUGGCGAGGCAGCAGCAGAAUAGAGCCGCGCAAGACUGGGCAAUAGGCGGAAAAAUUCUCGAUUGAACUGAAAAAAGUGAAGAUUCCCCUGAGACCAAGUGGUCAGUUGUGAUCCAGUCAAAAGGCAGUACCUGGCGCAACGGCUCAAGUUGAAUAAAACACAAAAUUUCACACAAUUCCCGCCGUGGUGACUUCCUGUGUUUAUUUAUCUAAAUUUUUUCGUCAAACCCGGCCACUGCAGUCAAGGAACGUGAGCACUUGAUAUAUUGUAUUAAUUUUAGGGGCCAUAAUGUUAAGUUUUAAUGAAGAGAGGUUUGUAAAACAGCAAAAGUGUUCUAUGUGCAACAAGCAAUAUAAUAUUCUCACCACUAAAAAGGAUCAGAUUACACGAGGAGAUAAGGAAAGCUUGACACGAAGAAUACUUUCGCUUCUGUUGGAAAAGCUGGUGUUGGGGAAAAAAUCUAACCAGCAAACAAAAAAAUGAGAGCAAAAACUCAUUACAAGCCUAAAGCGAACGACAAAGGAAAAGAAAACAACGCCAUUUUUUUCGAAACCUGGCCGAGUUCAGUAUAAAAACAAUGAACUAAAAUACCGACGUGCCGUACAUUGCGUGUCCUAGGAAACAUUUCAGAUGGCCAAGCAAAUCAUUCUAAGUUUCAAUCGGAUAACAAAAAGCCUCGGGAAAUGUGAAAGGAGGUUUAAAUGAUUAAACUGUGCAAAUAUUUAUCUACGAUGUGAAACCGAACCGACAGUAGAUUUGUAGCUGGACUUAAUAAUAUUCCCGAUCGCUUCCUCUGCAAAGCUGAUUUUAUUCUUUCAAGACAUUUCACACUUUUACAUGGCAGGUUUGUAAAGCCACCAGACUGAAAUUUUGCCAUAUGAACACUUCAUCCCGGUUACCGGGAUGAAUGGCGGAUGAAUUCUGGCGGUCCGGAUGGCCUCGUCUUGCAUUGCCUGCUGUGUUUUCCACAUCAUAAGCAUCCCAUUUAACUGCAGUGAUACAGCUUUAAGAGUUACCGAUGCUAAGAUAGGCCCGAAAGUUAAAAUUUUUGUGUUUCGCUAUGUUUGCUUUGUUUCCCAAAUUUGGCGCCAGAACUCGUACCCAGGAUCUUUGACCUUUUCUCAUCUCGGAAACCGCGCUAAAAUUUCUCAUAUGAACCCAAGGCAAAAUUCAUCCCGGUAACCGAGCCAGCCCGGUCAACCGGGCUCAUAUGAAGAGGCCCUGAAUAUGAGAACUUUUCAAGAAAAUAAUCCUUGCAACAGGAAGGGGCCAAGAAACGGUCAAAUGGGAAAAAAAAGGAAUUUUAUUCCCGAGCAAAAUACACAUUAUUUGCUCGUUGGCACUCUAUCGAUAGGUAUACCUAGUUUUAUCUUCGCAAUAAAAAGCCUCUUCCGAAGCUCCUCAGUGUUGAUUAGCUUUUCCAUAAAGUCUCCAAGAAAGUAUUGUGCUGAGAUCGUGAAAACUGUAAGGUCGUGUACGUUGCCAACGCACUGUUCACUAAUGACUUAAGUGCCGUUUCUCUUUCGUAUUAGGUGAGUUUCCUAACUGCUUUCGCUAGAUCAGUAGGCGAAAGAACGAAGCAUAUACAUGCGUAUCGCACUUUUUCUUAUCAUUCCUAAGAGAACGAGCUAUAUAUAUACAUGCGCAGCGCUAGUUUCGCCUCUUAAGUGAAGCGACGUAAGACUUUGGCGAAACGACCGGUCAGCAAAACUGACAUGAAAAAAGCCAAAUCACUGGCGCCCUAUUUUCCCUUGACCUUGCCUUAGCGACGUCACUACGAUCUGAGAGCCUGGCUUAGGCCACUUGAUACGUCUAUUGAUAAACUAUUAAUAAAGUAUCGUUCCUAUAAAUAUACUACUGUAUUGUACUUGAUGGCAGUUAUCUGACUAAACCUUUUUAAGAUUAUUUUUGCUAUGGUCCGGAAUUUACGAAGCAUUCCUAACUUUUAAGUUAGGGAUGUUUCGUAAAUUCGGCACCAUAGAUCUCAACUAUUGUUUCUUUCACUCUCAGGAGUGCGAAAAGUCAAAAUCCGAGUAAAAUAUUAGCCUGCGUAGCAGGCGCUUGGAAGUAGCGGGCGAAAGAGAGAACGGGCGCGCGCGAGGGAGACACGCAAGGGAUAGCCUGCGUAGCAGGCGCUUGAAAGUAGCGGGCGAAAGAGAGAACGGGUUCUCGCGCGCCCGUUUUCUCUUGUGCCCACUACUUCCAAGCGCCUGCUACGCAGGCUAGUAAAACAUCAAAGAUGCUGAAAAACAAAUUGUACCUAGACAUGAAAUUAACGGCAAACACUUUAAUGAAUAGCUAACUGUAGCAUUUCGUCCACAGACUCAAAGUUAGAGGCACCUUACAAAGAUUCCAUCAAUCACUCUGAGACUAAAAGGGUUGAAAACAACAGGCGAUUGUAAAGGAACAAUAAAUAAGAUGCUUCUUAUCGUUGCAACUCUUAAAUCCGGCGUCUGGUGUUUAAUUAAAGUCAGAUGCUCACACUUGUAUGCAACGAUCUUUUUCCCGUAAAACGUCACGCCCUGCCUGCCCAGCGACCCUAUUGAAAUGAAAUUAUUGUUAAUAAGUAAAAGUGCACUCGUUUGCAAAAAUGACGGUGACAAAAUAGAUAAAAUUUAGUUUAGUUUCUGUAAUAGGCUAGCUAGACUUUCUCGCCUUUGUUUUGCGAACUGGUUUUAAUGAUUUCCGUGCCAUUAAUUUUUCAAUUUACAGUUUGUUUUUGUUUUUUUUCCACGCGGUGAAGUAUACGAUCCAGAGUGACAGUACCGCAUACAACAGGCUACACAUGAUGUACUUAUUAAUUUUUAAUCACAAGCAGGAGUAUUUGUCAGGUCUUUGAAUUUAUGAAUGUUUGAAACACGAACCGCAUUUCAGACAGGCUCGUUUUCCGCCGUCUCCCGGGUCCAGUCUUUGAUCCUAAUCGAGCCUACAUUUCAGACUGCAAGUUUAUUGAACACUGUGAAAAUUAAAUAUAAAAAUUAAAGAUGAAAGUCUUUUUUAUUAUUAUUUAAAGAUCCAGUUUUUUUCAAAUAUGUUUACACCUCAUUGCUGGUCAACAUCAAGUUUUCAUAAGGCACAAAAUGUGAGUCGAUUGGAAAGCACAGAAAAUUAGAUAUAAAAAUUUAAUAUUAAACUCCUUUUUCUAAUUCUAAAUCAUAAAUAUUUUAAUGUUGAAAGGCAAAGAAAAUGAAAUACUAAAGUUUAUAUAUUUAAUUCCAUUGCCUGAUUUAUUUCUAAAUUAUAUAUAUUUUUAACAUGGUGUCAAACGCAAUAUAUAUUUUUUCCUGUUUAUGGUUCCCAUGUUUAAUAGUUGGAUUAUCUGAAAAACUUUGAACAGAUAUCUAUUAAAAGCUCUGUUAAAACGGGUGGAAUAAUUAUUUGUUUUCCAGAUCCCUUUGACUCUGAGCCUAGUAAGACAACACAAUUCGAGAUUAAUAAAAAUCGAUUAACGUUGGAAAUCAAAAACGAAAAGUUAAGAAAGUCCAUUACCGUCUUGACAAGUAAUUCAAGUAUUUAGUCGGUUGCUUGGAUUCAUUUGAAAUCAUUAGUCUCGAUGUUUUAAUUGCUUCCACUGUCAAUUUAGUUUGCGGCAGCUUCUUGGGUCAGUUAACUCUCCUUUCUGCUUGAGACGUGCGUUAAAUCGGUGUUUCUUUUUUUCUUAUAUUAUGUCGACCAGCAACUUGAGUAACGUCUCAUCAAGCGAAAAGGAUCUGGAUUGUGGAGCUAUAUAUCAGCCAUAUGUGUUCAAAAUAAGUUUGAUAGUUGUCUACUGUAUGGUCUUGUUGGUUGGCUUGACUGGAAACGCCCUUAUAAUCACCUUGGUGUACACGCGGAAAGACUUAAGAAAGGCUAUAAAUCAGCUUAUCGCCAACAUGGCAUUAUCUGACUUUGUCUUUCAGUUAACAUUCAUUCCAGUUGAGUUGGCAACAGCAGCGUAUGGUCAAUGGCCGAUCGCUGAACCGGCCGGAUCAAUCGUCUGCAAGAUCCAGAAUUUUGUUAUGUAUGCCUCUGUCUAUGUUUCUGUACAAAGCCUAACUUGGAUUGCAUUAGACCGGUUUAUAGCAGUAGUCUUUCCAAUGAAAGUCCAUCUGAUUUCCUCCAGAUUUCGCGUUUUGGCCAUUGCUUCCACGUGGAUCGUUGCUCUUUUGUGCGGCUCUGUUUCUUCUAUUGAUUUUAAACUCGUUCACAAAAAUGGUGCACUUGACUGCACAGAGAAAACAACUACCGUUUCUCAAUAUGCUGGAGCCGCCUGUUCCUUUGCUUCGUUGAUAUCCGUAACAAUUUUAUACUGUACUAUAGCGGUAACUCUACGAAGGAAAAACAAAGCGCUUCCCAUUGCACCUGUGAAUGGAAACGUUCAGAGAAAACGGCAAGCCGUGAAAAUGUCCAUUUGCGUCGUGGCAGCCUUCUAUUUAUGUUUUAUCCCUGUCAUUAUUAUUGUCGUGUUGUCAGAAAGAGUACUGGAAAGAUCAUGUUUGUUACUCCGAGUACUAAGGCCAUUACCUCUCCUGAUGACCAACCUUUCAAGCACGGCGAAUCCAAUAAUCUGUUUCGUCUUUGUCGAAAACUACCGGCGUGGCCUGAGAGAAUUUUGUGGUUCGUUUCUUAUUAAAUGCUCGAAGAGAAGACAUCACAUUGACAAUGGUCCAAAAGGCAUAACUCUUCAGAGUAUAAGGGUCAUACAAAACUCUAAUAGUAAUUAA